CCAAGUGAGCCACACGUGGCACACUGGUAGAGGCCGUAGAUGAAAUCUCCUAUUACAAUUUAAUGGAGGAGCAGCCCAGCUAUCGGGCAACUGAAAUAGUUUAUCACCGCCAUGGAGAUGAGAAAUCCUCGUGUCAGCCUAAGGGAUCUUUAAACAAUGUUCAUUGCCACCGCGGGUUCCAGCAUCAGGAAACGCAAACGACGAAAACAGGCAAUGGAAAAAUAAACUGUGCCAGUGUAGAGGGAGAGAGGGCACUGUCAGAGAAUGACUCAGUAGGCAUGCCUUGUUCCCCUGAAAGCAAUGGAAGUAGUAAUUUAUUAAACACUAACUUGAAGCUAAAAACAACGGACGAGGUUACAACCAAUCACUUUAAGGUGGGCGACAGUGGGCACUUUUCUCAUCAUACCAACAGUAUGGAUGGAAAACAUGGCAAGACCUCUGAUGCCAAACAUCACGAGGUCAAAGCAUUGGACAAAAAAGAACCCAUGCUCUCUUUUAACGGAGUGGUUCCUCUAAGUCCCAGUCACGUCACCAACGGUUACUCUACCAAGGCUGCGGCGGACAAUGAUGGAAGCGGUUCGGAAAGUGGCUACAUGACACCUAAGAGGCGUAAGGCCAGACGAAGCAGUACCAGAAUCAUUGAGAAUAAAGAGAAAGAGAAGAGCGUGCAGAGAGGAAAUCCAGCCUUUUCUAAGCAGGAGUUUGAUUCCUCCAGCCAACUGGAGGCAACUGGUAAAGUGGCGACCUCCCAGUCUAACUCCACCAGAACUUGCCUUAAAGAGGAGGGGGGGCGUACAGGGGUCCGGCGAACCGGGACUCCAGAAGCUUCUCCUGCGGGAGAAGCGCAGCGGAAAAACUCUGACGGCAAGGCGUCAAGCGCUGUGGUUAAAAAGACGGACGAGAAGCUUAGCAAAGCCAAGUUUGCCUCCUCUGUGACUUCAAAAGAGGACACUUGGACUUUGUUCAAGCCUCCACCAGUGUUUCCAGUGGACAACAGUAGUGCUAAGAUAGUACCUAAGAUAAGUUAUGCAAGCAAAGUCAAGGAGAACCUCAACAAAACAGCCCAGGCCAUUGCUGAGGCCCCAACCCCCCCUCCUCAGGUGUCUGUCAGAGUUACACACGUUCCUAUGUCUGCUGUGAAAACAAUCACCUCUAUUAGCUUAACCAAUGGACCUGUUUCUGGGGAUGGAACUAUCUGCCUGUCUGGAGGGACUUUCUUUAAUUCUGCUGCUAGCCGUGCAACAUCAGGGUCCCCUAAGGCAGGAGGAGAGAAUGUAGCAUCCGUUACAGACAACAACAGUAGCUCCUCAGCCAAGCCCACUGUCCCAGAGCCAGGAAAAUCUAGUGUUUCUGUUUACCCUUUAAAUAUGCAACCUGAGCUCUCCAGUGCCCACCAAGAAGACUCUUUUGCUCCACAGACCAAUCAGAAAACCCUGGGGGACAUCUUCCAGAACCAGUGGGGCUUGUCUUUUAUCAUUGAGCCAAACGCGGGCCCUGACGGGGCAGUGGGACGGCCCACUGUGGAAAUCGACAUGGCUGAAGUCACUUUUCAGGGGGAUAGCGGUGACCCUGUGAUCUUAACCCAAACCAGUCCAGAUAUAAGCCCUUCUCUUCCUCCCCCAUCUGUUAACCAGUCUCAGAAAAGGACCAUUUCUCCAAGCAGUGAAUCAUCUAAAGCCCGUCGCCCUUCUGAUCCCGCUGGGGAGACUGUGCCCCAGUCCUCUGGACAGGGUGAGCAGAAGGGCGAUGGCGGGAACCCAGCAGCCUCAGAAACAGUCUCAUGUAAUGACCUGGGUGCCGAUGCGUCGUCGCCCCCACCGGCUGACUCUGGUCGGGGACCGUGCAAAGCACAGGUCCGCUCCGGUGCCCGGGAAAGGGCAGGUAGCUGGGGGUCAUUUGAUCUGAGAGCUGCUGUACUUUACCACGCUAAAGAAUUCGAAAAUGUUUUUGCUUUACAAAAACGAGAUCCAAAAAGAGUUGUCUUCUAUGAUGCAAGCAUGGACAGCCUGGAUCAGUGAUGUGAUGGAGGUCUCCACCGAACCCCCUCAACACGCCCUCUCACCUGGGAACUCCAGUCUGGUCCAACCAGAAGGUUCUCUUCCAUUGUCUUCAGUUUCACAUCAAAUCACAUUUAUUCCGUUUAAUCAGAGGAGAAGUGUCAAAGUGCAGGGACUGAUGGACUAUUGAGGGAGACGCAGAGGUUCGGGUGGAUUUCUGAGAUCUUUAGAGCAGAGGAUCCGGUAUGGUCUCCCAACACACUACUACUCAAAUUUCAGCUGUGGACCUGUACUAAGCUGACACUGACCACUUGUGUGCGGUGUUUCUCGGACAGCAACACAAAACUGACUAACAUAAGGAGAAAACGAGUCCGUUUGGAUACUCUGGAACACUUUUCCAGUGAUAAACACUAACCUGCAGGGAUGGGAUUAAAGGGAGGGAGGAAACGCGCACCUUCUCCGUCUUUCUGCCCCACGCACCCCUUAAAGGAACGGAGCUUUCUGUUACGGGAUGCCUCAAGCAUCGAUCUCUUCGUGCAUUCAAAUUCGUUCGAUGCAUCCGCACAUCAGGGUGUGUGUUUCUAUACAAGGUGAAUAAGAACAAACUUGGAUACAUUGAGAAAGGAAGACUAAUUCAGAACUUUUCAAAAGAAAUGCCUUGAAAUUAGUACUCCGUGGAACUUUGCUGACAUGCUGGGAAUUUUGGAUAAGCGUUGUUGAGUUGCGGGUAAACUUUAAAAAGUUUUGUGCCGAAUGGGAGUGGAGUGGAGAAAAACAGUGGUCUUAUCGUGGAUUUUACUUAUGAAACAAGAUUGCCCAGAAAAGACUUUUGUUGGAUGAUCUUCUUGUGACUUUUUGUUGUUUUUUUGUUUGUUUUAAUUUAAUUUAAUUUUGUCUCUGAACUUGAGAUGCCACCCAGGAACACACACCCAGAACAUAUGUUGAUGGAUUGUCCAAUCAGAGUAAAAGGUUGAAAGGGUGGGAGGGGCCACUAUCCAGCUGGCUAGGUGAAUAUUUGAAAAAUGAUCACUGGUGUUAUGUUCUUUUUUUUUUUUUUUUUGCCUUUAGGUUUGGUUUGCUUUUGCUUUUAAGGUCUCACA